ACCAGCCUCUGAUCGUUGUUCGAAAAGAAAUUUUACAAGAAGGAAGUUUCCUUCAAAAAAUCGUUAAAGGGGCCAUUGUAAACUUCAUAUUAUUUAAACAUGAGUGCGGGACUUCCUAGAAGAAUCACUAAGGAAACACAACGAUUGAUGAACGAACCCGUGGACGGGAUAACAGCUCUUCCAGACGAGCAUAAUGCAAGAUACUUUCAUGUAGAUGUCAAUGGGCCAUCAGAUUCUCCGUUUGAAGGCGGAAGGUUUAAGUUGGAAUUGUUUCUCCCUGAGGACUAUCCAAUGGCGCCUCCCAAAGUCCGAUUUAUGACAAAAAUUUAUCAUCCUAACAUUGAUAAACUUGGAAGAAUUUGUCUCGAUAUUUUGAAAGAUAAAUGGAGUCCUGCUCUUCAGAUUCGUACUGUACUUCUGUCAAUUCAAGCUCUCCUUAGUGCACCUAACCCAGAUGAUCCCUUAGCUAACGAUGUUGCUGAGAAAUGGAAAACAAAUGAAAUACARGCAAUUGAAACAGCGAGACUGUGGACAAGAAAAUAUGCACAGACACAGUGAUUUCCAAGUGAUAUAAACCAAAACAGGGAGCCCACAAAUGUUUUAUAUGGYCCAUCCUUAAUAUUAGCACUGAUUUACACUUCAAUAAGAAACCGUUUUUACAGUGCAAUAUUCAUUAAYUGAAUAGCUUGAUCACAUCUAAAAACAUGUCUGGCUCUCUCUGUAAUAACCUUCUAUUGUGAUUAGGCCUAUUUAUAUUGCUAAGCAAUACAAGAUUUGAAGGACAUCAGACUUUACUAUUAGGUGACUUUCUAAGAUGGACACAUAUUGGAUAUUGAAGGUAUAAAACUAAUAACUACAAUUAUUGUAUCAGAACUGGAAAAAAAAUCUCAAUCUUAUGGAUAAAACUUUAAUGCAUAAAAUAAUCCACCAUAUAGCCAUUUAGAGUUAGAAAAACAGAAAUUCAUAUAAGUUUGAAUGUCCAUCUUAGAGGGCACCAUGUAAUUUUGCUUUGUUUGUAAAUUUGUAUCUCAGUCAGUAGUUCAAAAAGUCUUGUGUCAAGGCCCUUUGUAAACUGUCCAAAUAAAAAGUUAUAAUACAUGUACCAAACAGAAUGA